AUGUCAUUUUCACAAGAUAACCAGUUCGGCCCCAAGCUGCUUGGCCAGUUUGACUUUACUCUUCUCUUCGAGCAGGCCAUGCUGUCCAUCGUUCCAGCGAGUAUAGCCAUUCUCUCCAUACCCUACUAUGUUCACCUUGCAGUGCGAGCUCGGGCACGCGAGCGCCUGGGCCCUUUGCUGCGGUUGAAGCUAGCCGUUGCGUUGGCAAUGCUGGCACUCCAUACGGCGAGCCUGGUCUUGUGGCAACGAGCUUCCGUCUUUUACUCCGACCUUUCUCUUCCGGCAGCGAGCAUGUCCCUCGCGUCAUCGCUCUGUAUUCUGUUUAUAUUAUAUGUCGCACACAUAUGUUCCCCCCGCCCGUCCGGCUUUUUGAGCGUCUUUCUCACCAUUACGAUGCUAUUCGAUAUUACAAUGACAAGAUCUUAUUUUCGCAGAGCAAGUUUGGAAACUAUUGGCGCCCUGCAGAUUGCUAUUACUGUCGCCAAAUCUUUGCUUGUCGUUCUCGAAGAGGUCCCCAAGCGCGAUUCACUUCACUCUGAUCCCUCGGGGCCUGCUGUUUCGAAGGAGACCACUGCUGGCUUCUGGAACCGUGCUGUUUUUGGCUGGUUGAACAGCCUUCUCAUAUUCGGCUUCCGAAAGACACUGAACCUCGACAAUUUGCCUGCCAUUGAUGAAGAUCUCAAGUCUUCUAUGCAGCGAUACGACCACUUCGCACCAAAGUGGAAUCAGGCCAACAAGAAGUCCGAAUACGCGCUUCCAAAGACACUCUUGCUUGCCAUGUCGCGCGACGCCGCAAAAAUUAUACUUCCACGAUUAAUUUUCGUCGGUUUGACCUUUUCACAGCCUUUCUUGCUGUUUGCCGUUGUCAGCGCAAUUGACGGAGAGCUCGGUGGUGAAGAAGCACACAUUCUUAUACUUGCUACCGUGAUUAUUUUUGUGGGAAAAGCUAUUACACGGGCCGUGUACGAGCACUUGGUCUAUCGCAUAAUGACCUCUACUCGAGGUGUGCUUGUUGUUGCAAUCUACGACAAAAUGCAGCGAUUACCUCUUGAAGAACUUCAAAAGUCAGCCGCUAUUACCUUGAUGACAUCGGGCACAACGGCUGUAGAACAGAUGUUCUCCGUUUAUUACGAAAUCUGGUCAUGCGCGCUCCAGGUUGCUCUAGGUAUCUGGUCAUUGAACCUAUAUGUCGGCCCAGCCUGCUAUCUUAUGCUUGUCCCCGGAAUCAUCUCAUUCAUUGCAUCUCGCUACAUCGGGCAAGCCAUGGGGAACGCGCGGGCUGCCUGGAAUCUGGAAAUGGAAUCUCGAGUCUCAGCGACGUCGAAUGUCCUAGCACAGAUCAAAGGCAUCAAGUCUAUGGGCCUCUCGGGGAUGAUUACCGAAUAUCUUCAAGCUAUACGCCGCCAGGAGAUCCAAAUAUCGCUGACUGAGCGCAAUACGCGCAUUUGGCUUUUUGCAUUCUCUGCUUUGAGCCAUGUACUUCCGCCCAUCAGUGUCCUCGCUGGUGCUUUGUUCUGGACACGCAAGUCAAACCCCUUGGACGUUGCCGAAGUGUUCACUGUCAUUACCAUCAUCGUCAUAGCUGCGGAGCCUUUUCGGACUUUGCUCACGAGUCUCGUGAACUGGGCAACAGGCUUCGCUUCCAUACGGCGAAUCCAAGAAUUUUUAUGCCUGGACGAAAUUCAGGACACGCGCCACAUUCCUGACGUACUUCCAGGCACAGAGGAGUACGGUCCUGGAGAGAAGCAAUCACAUGUGACAUUUCAGCCGCGACCGGCACAUUUCGCUGUGCAGUUUGACUUUGUCACUGUGACAUCGCUGGUUAUGGGGCCGAUCCUCAAAGACGUAAGCCUAUGCAUCCCGUGGGGGGCUUUGGCAAUUUUUUGGGGCCCAAUCGCCAGCGGCAAGUCAACAUUGCUUCGAUGCAUUCUCGGCGAAACAAAACUGGAGUCUGGAGUUGUCACCGUGGGAACAAAGUCAAUUGGCUACUGCAACCAAGGAUCUUGGAUACAAAAUCGAACGCUCCGGGACAAUAUCAUAGGCGUGCUUGACUAUUUGGAAGCCUGGUAUCGAGAAGUAAUCGUUGCCUGUGGACUCGAUGUUGACAUCGGCUCUAUGAUCAAUGGCGACCAAGUCAUGGCAGGAACCGGCGGCUGCAAUCUUAGCGGUGGCCAAAAACAACGAGUCAGCCUGGCUCGAUCUGUUUAUGAGCAAACGGAUAUCCUCGUCGUCGAUGACAUUUUUAGCGCGCUGGAUCCGGAGACCGCUCGACUUGUUUUCAGCAACCUGUUUGGGCGCGAUGGCCUCGUGCGACGCUGGAACUGCACCGUCAUCCUGACAACAAAUCAAUUGGGGUUUUUGGACGAUGCCGAUGUAACCUUCAAGCUGCAGAAGGACGGCCACGUCGAACAGCAGCAGGUCGAGCUUUCUGAUGCCUCUUCCGCCCCAGGCAGUGACCAUGGUGCCGGUGACCGUGGCGCAAAGGAGGCUUACGAGGACAAUCAAGGCGAAGAUGCCGUUGACGAUGGUGAGGUAGGGGACAAUGGAGAUGGCAUUCUGAUCACCGACGCUCAAGCGACCGAACCGCCAUCGGUCAAGCCUUCGACGAACGAUUUUGCGCUGCAGGCCGCGCGAGAGAAGAGAAAGUACGGGGACUGGUCUUUGUACAGCUACUAUCUAGGAGCUGCUGGUGCCUUCACCGUUUUCUCCUGGAUAUGCUUUACUGCAUUCUCCGCUACCGUCGAGCAGUUCCCGACUAUUUUCAUCAAGAUUUGGUACGUCGAAGAUGCCAGGAAUUUACACUACUUCGCUGGAUAUGUUGGGAUAUCAGUCUUCAACAUUGGUCUCAACACUUUGGUCGGCGCGUUCUUCUUCCAUCAAAUCCUACCAAAGUGUUCUGAGGAAAUGCACCUGCGGCUUACGCAAACCGUCAUGUUCGCUUCCCACCAAUAUCUGAGUCAAACGGACGUCGGCAAACUCCUCAACCGCUUUGGUCAAGAUAUAUUCCUCACAUCGCAGUAUCUGCCCAUCACUUUUAUGCAGUUCCUUUACAUGCUUUUCACGGUACUUGUCGAAAUCGGCAUCAUUGCAGCCGGUUCCGCUUACACCGCGCCCAUUAUGGUGUUUUUGGUACUAGUGCUUUACCUUUUGCAGUUCUUCUAUCUUCGCACUUCACGCCAGUUACGACUUCUGGAACUGGAAUCGGCUGCGGAUCUGUUUACCCAUUUUACAGAGACCAGUACCGGCAUUCAACUUGUCCGCAGCUUUCGGUGGCAGAAGAAGUUUCUGGAGCAGCUCUGUGUCCAGCUUGACAAAUCUCAACGGCCAUACUACUAUCUUUUUUGCUGUCAGCGCUGGCUGCACACUGUUCUGGACUUCACUUCCGCCGGUGCAGCAUUAGUUCUGGUCAGUGUGUCUAUUUCCAGACCACAGGGGGCGUCAAGUGGCGGAGUUGCAUUGGCGUUGCUCAACAUCAUCGGGUUUAACGCGACGACUUCGUUCCUUAUUAGCUCUUGGACUAAUCUCGAGACCGGACUUGGUGCCAUUUCGCGCAUCAAAAGCUUUUGCGCAGAGACGCCGGGCGAAAAAGAUACGCUCUCUGGACCCGAGCUGGACAAGCAGUGGCCAAGUAGCGGGCGUCUCGACUUCAACUGCGUUGGCGCCAACUAUCAAGCGGAAGACGGCAGCCUACAAAAGGCCUUGAGCAAUGUGACUUUUACCAUUUUCCCUGGUGAAAGAGUAGGCAUCAGUGGCCGCACUGGCAGCGGCAAAUCAUCAUUGCUCAUGGCAAUCCUACGCAUGGUGGAGUUCACGGGCACCAUCAGCAUCGACGGUCGCAACUCGCGGAGUGUACCCCGAGAGUUCCUGCGAUCGCGCAUCACCACCAUGACACAAGAUGGUGUUGAGCUGAAAGGGUCCGUUCGAUUCAACUUGUACCCGUUCAUCGGCCCUAAACCAGAAGACGACCUUGUUGCGUCGACGUUGCAGUCAGUGGGGUUGCUGAACCACAUUGAUCGGCACGGUGGCCUCGACAAGUCAAUGUCUUCCAUGGGAUUCUCUGUCAGCCAGAAGCAGUUGCUGUUCUUGGCGCGCGGCAUCUUGCAUCAGAGAACCAUGAACACCAGCAUCGUAAUCAUGGACGAAGCUACCAGCGCAAUGGAUAAUGGUACUGAUGAUACGCUGCAAGAAUUGCUAGACGAAUCUUUUGCUGGUUGCACCAUAAUGCAGAUUGCGCACCGAGAGGCGACUUUCCGCGAGCUUGACGUGCACCUUCGCUUGGAGUUUGGACAGCUGCAUAGUGUUGAGCGAGGCGGGGGCAGAGCAGGGCAAUGA